CAUUCUUUGGGCAGUAUUGAGGUGGAAUGUCCUCAUUGCCAUGCUCUACACUUCAGCGAGGAACGCCUCACCAGAUCAAGCAAACGAAAUCCAAAAUUUGGCAACUGCUGCACAUCGGGAAAAGUGAUCUUACCAUCGAUCGGUGUCAAUGUCGACUUCCCUUUACUUGACUCAUUGCUCAAGAGGGAUCAUCCUCAGUCGAACGCUUUCAUAGAGAACCUGAGGCACAUCAAUAACGUCCUGUCCUUCACAUCGCUAGGGAUCAACGCAGACGCCACUACUUGGGGACCGCAGGGGAUCUAUAAUCUUCGCAUCAGCGGAGAGUUAGUACACAAAAUUGGCUCGAUCUUACCAGAUCCUCAACAGCCGGCGCGCUUUGCUCAGAUCUAUACUUUGGAUGAU